AUAGCAGACAGAACAUUCUUGAUCCGAAGUCGAGAAGAACCGCACCUCCUCGUUACUGUUUGCAGUGGAGUAUUGAAAUGCUUACCCGAGCUUAAUUCUGGCGGUGGCAGCUUCUGGAGCUGUGUUAAGAAGGACGGCUGGUAUGGCUUCCGCAAUACUGUCUCCGGCGCGUAUCUUGGUUGCGAUAGGGAGGGCAAAAUGUGCGCGAAACAGCCUUAUCAAUCGACCAACGAAUAUCUCACGAUAGAUUGGGCCGGAAAUGGUGGCUAUAUAUUGCAUGUAUUAGAGAACCCUACGAGCGCAUACAUUGGACGAAGGCAAGUGUCUAUAUCGGAAGAUGGGAAAUCAUUGGUCGCGAAGAUAGAAGGGGGAACGGUCUGGGAGUUUAUCGAUUCUAAGUAU